UCCAAGUCGGGGAGUAAUGGCAUGAGUACUGCUUUAUACUGUUUAGACAAGCUUUACUAAUAUUCCUCUAUUACUGCUUUCAAAUCAGUGGAAAAACUGACCAGGACGCGCUGAGAGGCGACGCGCAGGACUGUCAGACAAACUUAGUAGAAAGAGACUCAAGUCCUCAAACUCAGAGGCUGAAGAGGCUUCAAACGAUCCAUCCUUUCUGGCUGCUUCAAGGAAGGAUACUCCGCUGGACAUGUGAAUUUUAAAAGGAGAUACUUGCCAAGCACAACCAUGAAACCAACGACUGCCCCGUGUUGCUUCGGCUUUCUCCUGACUUGCGUCUUGUUCGGGUCCUGCUCUUCACAAUCAGUAUGUGCUGGUACAGAGAACAAAUUGAGCACACUGUCGGACCUGGAGCAGCAGUAUCGCACCCUGAGGAAGUACUAUGAGAGCUGUGAAGUGGUAAUGGGCAACCUGGAGAUCACAAGCAUCGACCGCAGUCGGGACCUCACCUUCCUCAGAUCUAUUCGAGAAGUAACCGGGUACGUGUUGGUGGCUCUGAACCAGUUUGACUACCUGCCUUUGGAGAACUUGAGGAUCAUCAGGGGAACCAAGUUGUAUGAGGACAGAUACUCCCUCGCCAUCUUCCUAAACUACAGACGCGAUGGAAACUUUGGCCUGCGUCAGUUGGGUCUAAAAAAUCUCACAGAGAUCCUGAGUGGUGGUGUGUAUGUUGACAAGAACAAGUUCCUGUGUCAUGCAGACACAAUCCACUGGCAGGAUAUCGUCAAAAACCCACGGCAACAUUCGGUGGUGGUGCCGACCAACAGCAGUGUCACAUGUCAAAAGUGCCAUCGUUCCUGUAAUGGUCGCUGCUGGGGACCUAAAGAGGACCAGUGUCAGAGCUUAACUAAGACAGUGUGCGCAGAGCAGUGUGACGGCCGGUGCUUUGGUCCCUAUGUGAGUGACUGCUGCCAUCGUGAGUGUGCAGGUGGCUGCUAUGGACCAAAAGACACAGACUGCUUUGCUUGCACCAACUUCAAUGACAGUGGGGCAUGUGUGACCCAGUGCCCACAGCCUUUUGUCUACAACCCCACCACCUUCCAAUUGGAGCACAACCCCAGGGCCAAGUACUCCUACGGAGCCUUCUGUGUCAAAAAGUGUCCACAUAACUUUGUGGUGGACCAUAGCUCCUGUGUGAGAGCGUGCCCCAGCAACAAGAUGGAGGUGGAGGAGAACCGCAUUAAGAUGUGCAUUCCAUGCACUGACAUCUGCCCCAAAGCGUGUGACGGCAUUGGUACAGCGAGCCUGCAGACGGCUCAGACGGUUGACUCCAGCAACAUAGACAAAUUUGUCAACUGCACCAAGAUCAACGGCAACCUGGUGUUCCUCAUCACUGGGAUCAAAGGGGAUGUCUACCACAAUAUCGAAGCUUUGGACCCAGAAAAACUCAACGUAUUCCGCACUGUUCGAGAAGUAACAGGCUUUCUGAAUAUCCAGUCGUGGCCGGACAACAUGACGGAUCUCAACGUUUUCUCCAACCUGGCUACUAUUGGGGGAAGAGCGUUGUACAGUGGGAUCUCUCUGUUGGUGUUAAAGCAGCAGGGCAUCUCAUCACUGCAGCUCCAGUCCCUGAGAGAGAUCAGCGCUGGGAAUGUCCACAUCGCUGAGAACAGCCAGCUCUGCUACUACAACACCGUCAACUGGACGCGACUGUUCCGCGCCGCAAACCAGAAGGUUCUCAUCCGCAACAACAGAAGCCCGCAGGGCUGCUCUAAGCAUCGCAUGGUGUGUGACCCACUGUGUUCAGACGCGGGGUGUUGGGGUCCUGGCCCAGACCAGUGCCUCUCAUGCAGAUACUAUAGCCGGGGAAGAACCUGCGUGGAUAUGUGUAACCUUUAUGAAGGGGAUAUUCGAGAGUAUGCCAAUGGGUCAGUGUGUGUGGAGUGUGAUGCCCAGUGUGAACGAGCUGACAAUAACUCUUUGAUCUGCAAUGGUCCGGGCCCAGAGCAUUGUGUGAAAUGCCUCCAUUUUAAGGACGGUCCUAAUUGUGUGGAGAAGUGUCCCGAUGGCCUGCAAGGUGCCAACAGCUUCAUCUUCAAGUAUGCAGAAGCCAACAAUGAAUGUCAUCCCUGCCAUUCCAACUGCACCCAGGGGUGCAUUGGACCAAGACUGCAAGACUGUAUUGGAUGGAUGGACAGAACCCCUCUGAUCGCAGCGUGGGUGAUCGGUGGCCUCUUCAUGGUGGUGAUCAUGGUGCUGAGCGUAGCGGUGUCUGUGCGGCGGAAGAACAUUAAGAAGAAGAGAGCCCUCCGCCGCUUCCUGGAGACAGAGCUGGUGGAGCCUUUGACACCCAGUGGAACAGCACCAAACCAAGCCCAGCUUCGCAUCCUGAAAGAGACAGAACUGAAAAGAGUCAAGAUCCUGGGCUCUGGGGCCUUCGGGACUGUUUACAAGGGUAUUUGGAUCCCAGAGGGUGAAACAGUGAAGAUUCCAGUGGCUAUUAAAAUCCUAAAUGAGGCCACAGGACCCAAGGCUAACGUGGAGUUCAUGGACGAGGCCCUGAUCAUGGCUAGCAUGGAGCAUCCCCACUUGGUCCGCCUGCUGGGCGUCUGCCUGAGUCCCACCAUCCAGCUGGUCACACAACUGAUGCCUCACGGCUGCCUGCUCGACUAUGUCCACGAGCACAAGGACAACAUCGGAUCCCAGCUGUUGCUCAACUGGUGUGUCCAGAUUGCAAAGGGGAUGAUGUAUCUGGAAGAGCGUAGGCUGGUCCACAGAGAUCUGGCGGCCCGAAAUGUCCUGGUCAAAUCUCCCAACCACAUCAAGAUCACAGACUUUGGCCUGGCUCGUCUUCUGGAUGUCAAUGAAAAGGAGUACAAUGCUGAUGGAGGAAAGAUGCCAAUCAAAUGGAUGGCCCUGGAGUGCAUCCAUUACAGGAAGUUCACUCAUCAGAGUGACGUUUGGAGUUACGGUGUAACUAUCUGGGAGGUGAUGACCUUUGGUGGGAAGCCAUUCGACGGGAUAUCCACCAGAGAUAUCCCGGACCUUCUAGAGAAAGGAGAGCGUCUUCCACAGCCGCCAAUCUGCACCAUUGACGUCUACAUGGUCAUGGUCAAAUGCUGGAUGAUUGAUGCAGACAGUCGGCCCAAGUUCAAGGAGCUGGCUGCGGAGUUUACUCGGAUGGCUCGUGAUCCACAGAGAUACCUUGUAAUACAGGGCGAUGACCGCAUGAAGCUGCCUAGCCCAAAUGACAGCAAGUUCUUCCAGAGCCUCCUGGACGAGGAGGAGCUGGAGGACCUGAUGGAUGCUGAAGAAUACCUAGUGCCGCACUCCUUCAACAUUCCACCUCUGGCAUACACCCCCCGCACACGCAUAGACUCCAACAAGAACCAGUUUAGCUACCAGGAUCCCAGUUUCAGCAUGGAGGACAUGCUGGCCACCCUCCCAAGAGUGGUCUCUGUUCCACCAGUAUCUGCAGGCUGCCUCCCGUCGCAGGAUCUGGCCCCUGGGGGACAGAUUGGUGGUGGUUUUGGACGAGGAAACCAGGAUGACCCUCGCUGCAAUGGCACCCUGAGGAAGCAGGCCUCCCCAAGGUCAAGUAUGCUUGGGGCUGGCUCAAUCCUCACUGCGGGACAAGGUGGAGGAGAGGAUAGUAGUGGACAACGCUACAGUGCUGACCCAACCGGUCUUUUGGCAGAACGUGGAGCAAAAGGCGACAAAGACCAGGAAUGCUACAUGACUGCCAAGAGAGACAAAAACAGCUCAGAUUACCUAAACCCAGUCGAGGAAAACCCCUUUGUCACACGUCGUAGGAAUGGUGAUGCCCACUCAGCAAUCAACGGAGCAGGUUGCCACACCCUGCACAUGCCAGGAGCUGCUAUUGCCACCAAGAACCAGUCUUCCCAUGGGGACGAUGAGUAUGUCAAUGAGCCACUGUACCUAAAUACCUUACUUAACCAAGGGGACAAGAACGGAUUGGCUGGCGCAGUCUCAAUCUCUGGCCCUGGGUCCUCUUCUGCCCAGUCGGUAUCGCAGACAGUCAACCCACCACCAUCUAGCCACACAGUCUCCUCCUCUGGAUAUGUUCUGCCCCCUGGCCACCUCGCACACCCAUAUCCAUCACACACCCUGCAUCCGGGGCAUUCAGGACACACUCUACACUCAGGCAUCACCAGCAGCACCAUCAUGUUUGAUAAGAAAGGCAAGAAGGCCACUUUUGACAAUCCUGAGUACUGGCAGCACAGUCUACCCCCGAAGUCUUCACUGCACAACCCGGAGUACCUACAAGACUGCAGCACGCGCUUCUUCUACCGGCAGAAUGGACGCAUUCGCCCUGCUGUGGCUGAGAACCAGGAGUACUUGUCCGAGGCUGCUAUGAAAGCGGGCAAUGUAUUGCCACCACCUCCAUACAGACAGAGGAACACUGUGGUGUAGUGACCCCACCUGUAGCGAAAUGAAGGGAUGACUAGAGGGAAAGGGAAUGGAGAUUUGGGAAUGUUUGACAGUCCUCCUAUUUCCCCGUUCUACUUCUUCAACUGGGUUCUUCUAGCACCCUCCCUGAACACGUCUCUCUGUUUUGUCUGAUUUCAAGUCUUUUCUUCUCACCCAUACAGUAGGUUCUGCCUUUUCUUUGGAAGGACUACAAUAAAAGUUACUGGCAGCCUUGAUUGACAUUCAAACUCGAUUUUUAGCUCCAUCCUUGGCCAUGACCCGUUGUGUGAGAUGACACGUCUCUUCAAAGUUGGUUUUGUUCUGGAGCACAAUGUCCUGCCAUCUUUAGUAUCAGAAAGGCACAAAAACAAUACAAUAAAAGAUCGAAAUAAUCUGUUUAUAAAGAGAAAAGGGGUAUAAAUAGACUGUGGUAAGCCCAAAGAGAAGAUUUCCACUAUGAUUUAUACACCCACAAAUUACUAUUCACCCAUGUCCUUUAAGCUCUUUUUUCCCACCAGCUUCAUGUACACAUUGCUGUUUCUUUUGUGCAGUCAAAUAACACAUGCACAUACCAGAGUUGUGUCGUGACUUAACCAGCAAAUCUGCAGUCAUGCUGAUGAACCCAGAUGUGGCUUGCAUGCCUGCCUACAUGCUUCUUGGACGUUUACAUGUUGCUGCACAACUAAUGGAAUUCAAACAUUCAUCACACACAGCUCAUGUCAUAUCUUAACCAUGUUAACAUGCCUGCAGCCUUGACACACCAAUAUAACCAUACAUCAAUGCAUAAGUAAAUAUACACACAGGUACAGAUAAGCCUGCUGCCACUUGAAAUAUAUUCGAGAGGACAAGCUCAAUUGACCUUGCACUAGAAGACAGAGUGUCCCGAUAAUGGCAGUCAGUGGUGCAGCGAAGAGAAAGGGUCAACAGAAAAGUAAAUGUCACCGCGGUUUUAUGGGAAGCUGUGAUAUCACCCAGUGCCUGGUGGAAAGCAUUGGAAAGAUUAUUGGCAUGACUAGGAUGGGAUUCGAAAGGUUGAUCAUUCAGGAGAUGUCCCUUAUGUUUCCCAAUCAGUAUUCAGCUACCCCAAUCCAGUUCAAAGAGCCAGCAAACUAGCCGCCUACAUGUUACCUUCAUAUAAGACCAUUGCAAGCAGCAUUGUGACUGACAUAACCAAUUGUUACUCAAGUAAAAUGAAUGGUUUGUCAAUGGAACUGGUGCUUCAGAAUCGACUGAUUUUGUUUUACCGUAAAAGGAUUGCGGGGGAAUUGGAGAGCAUACAAACAAAACAUAAGGGAAACACAUUAUAUAUUAGAAUCUGCAUCAGAGCAAUUUCUGUGUUUUUUUUGUUCUGUAUGUUUUUUUCAAGCAUCAGGGAUCUGUUUUCUUUGUCAGCUUGUCUUAAACUACUUAAGCAAACAGCACAGACACCCAGCCACGAAAGAGCACUGUGGAGAAGGCAAAGAAGCUAACCCUGCAGAGCCGUAAAUAAGCCAAUUACAUGUCAUUAUCAGACAGACACGAUCCCAGAAAAAGGCUCUGUGGACCAAGCUGUGUCUUGGACAAUUUUCAAGUAUAUUAACAGACAAGGAUAAUAGAUGUUUUUCCUCCUCUGUUGUUCAUAAUAUUUUACGUCAUAAGAACAUAAAAAUUCACCCUGUCCAAGCAGUCACCACUUUCCAGACCAUGCUGUGUCUCUAAGGGUUGGGUGGUUCAGAAGCAGAGACUAUCAAAAACGCCUCUGAGCAAACAAUAUUUUCUUUGGUUUGGGGUGUUGUAAUUAGUGUAUUGACACAUUACAAACAUCCAAUGUACUGAAACAAAUACUGCCAGAUGCCACUGCAAACUCUGAUGGAGACCAAUAGCAUCUGUCGUCAAAUAGACUUGAAGCCCAGUUUUGUCCGGAGUUGAUAACUCAAUAGCACUUAAUGCUCUGACACAGCCAAAUGGCUUUGCUGUUAUUCCGUGAUAAGCAUCAACUUGUUGUUUUUUUUCCUCAUGUUACAACUAUAAUUCAGUGAAAUGAGACAAUGGUUUACAGCAACACAUUGCUUGUUUCAUAAGACAUUUUGUCAAAAUAAGGAGCACCCUUUCGCAUUGAAAACUAUGGUAGGUGAGAUCUUAAAAUUAAAUGGAUUUAUAAAUUAAGGUGACAGAAAUUGCCCAUUUUUAUAUACCAUAUACCUGCACUUUUAUAGAUUCUGCAGAUAAUAGUUGAUUAAUUGUUGUUUUUCAUCAAAUUACUCUGAUACCAUGUCUGUUUAGAUUUGUAAUUUAAUUGAAGGGGUCAUCCAUAAUUAUUUUUUUUACGGGGAGGGGGGGAUGCUUCCACCAAGCUUGAGACCAAUUGCAAAGACAGAUUUGUUCUAAUUGAAGGAGGUAAAAAAAAGUAAGGUUUAAGCUUAAUAACACAAAACCGUACUUUUACCAUAAUACAGCUAAAUAGAUCUCAAGCAGCUUACGCCAUUGCACUAUUUCUACCUCCCCACAACUUCAGUUUGAAAUGAAGGCUUUUCUGUGAAAAUGUCUUAGUCUCAUGCCCAACAAAAGAUGAUAUUGUCAAAGACAUCAGCAGGGUUAUUUUCUGAGGCAUGCAGUGGCUCACUAGAAAUGCAGAGGGGGAACUGAACUGAACUCUGUUUUGAAAUUGGUGGCCUGCCCCUUUAAUCAAAAGCAUCUAAACAGAAUGAUGACAUGAGCUUUGAUUCAAACAGCCGCCCUUAAAUAAUGGAUGAUACUAGCAUUCAAAUUGAAGACUGACCAAUGGCUGUGCAUGUCUCUCAACUGACAUAACAAUGCAUAACCACUGUUAACCACAACCUUGUGCCUCUACACUAAAACAACAUGGCUGAGAGGAGUCAGACAUGCAGGGCUGAUGUUGUACUUUGCGACACCCAGAUAUUUCACUGGCAGAGUGUUUUUCCACCUCUCAGGUUUUAUGGGGACUAAUAAUCAUCCAGUUGAGCUCCAGCUGAGGCACAAGCUACCACAUCAUCAAGGGAAGUCAAACCUAUUGUAAUAAAACUACAUUUGAAGACAGAUUUGUGCCAAUAUCUCAGUCAGUGCACAGCUGACAAGUGUAACUGUUUAUUUUACAGGUUGGGGUGGGCAGAGUUUGAUUGGUCAGACUCAAAAUACCACUGACAUUGCUCUGUUGCUAAUGGAUUAAGCUGUAACAGAUCUGUUCUUUGACACUUCCUGAGAUCUUGGUACUUCUGCUGAUUCCAGGUUGACUACCUUGAGCUUACACUUGUGUGUAUUUCUUGUGUAAAUGUGUGCAAUGGAAGUAUCCUCUCCAUGUUUUUUAGAGCUAAAAGUCAGUUAUGUAAGUCUAUUUUCACCAUCACCUAUAAGGUAUUAGUUGUAGUGCUUGUUGACUACUGUAUGGCCAUGGUGUUGAAGUGCAAUGACAGCAGUGAAGAGUCACCCAAAGGCUUCGUAAUGGAUCUCUAUGGAAAAAUAAAGCCAAUCUUCUGGAGGAGAAAACCUGCUGGCACUUUCAGCCGGCAAGCAUCACAAGGGGCUUUUAGCUUUUUGAAUGCUAAUUCAUCCACUUUCCCUUGUUGUUCUGUGGGGAAAUCAUGUUACCCAACCCCUCACCCACAGCAUCAGCUGAGAAACGCUGAACGACAGGCAAUAGGUUGUAAUCCUGCAGUGGGGUUAAAACUAAGGUAUUAGCAUUCCAGAAAUGUUACCCGACCAAUGCAUCAAUGUUACAAAAGCUAGCAGGGGAGAGGGUGUAAGUGCACUGUAACUGGCAGAGGAGACCAAAGUUGAUUGCCAUUCUUUCUCUCUCCUCAAGGGUGACUAUAGAAAUGUAUGUAGCAAACACUGUUCUGCAGCUGAAGCAGUAAAAAGAACUAAACGAAAAAGCAGCUAUAUGUGGAGUGAAUACAAACAAAGACUAAAGCAAUCUUGUAAUGGAAAGGGAUUGUGGUCAAACAGUAAUGUGAGACUAGUUUCAUGUAAAAUGAUUUUUUUUUUAAAUGUACACCUCAUACUGUAGGUACAGUACUUAUUUAAAGGAGCACAAUUAAUCCCUCUCAGUACAGACUGCUCAUCCAGUACAUUGUAUUUAUUUGUGCAUCUACUUUCUUUUGGGGUUUGUUGUAUUUUAAAACACAUGUUAACAGUUUUGUAAAUUGUGUGCUAUAAGUUUGGACUUUUUUCUUGUUUUUGUACUUCAGGGUGCCAUUUUGGUGACAGAGUUGUUUUUUUAUAUGCAGCUUGAAGGCUUGAUUGUCUUAUAUCUGCCAUCUUCUCUAAUUAACUUAAAAGCAAUUACUAUAUGUCCCAGCUCAGGGGCUUGAUGUUUUCACUACAGAGGAACUGAAGUCCAGGCCGAGCCUGCAUAACAUUGUCGCUUGUGUGAGAUUCUCUUAAAGGCAUAGUUUGAUUUAACACAUGAGGUUAAAAAUUGAAAGCAGCACAAUUGCCUAGAUUGUUCCCUCUUAAAAUAAAGCAGGCCUCAUUUUCUGCCACAUUUUGUGGGACCUUUGAAAUGGGACAGCACUUGUAAGACCGUUUAGAGACAUCCGGCCCAGAUAUGAGGACUUUGGAGGGUCCAGCCACUGAACUGGGACAAAGCAACUGUAUUUAUAGGGUUUGCUCUAUUUCACUUUACUAUACUUUGAUUAUUCACAUCAUGAGCUCAACUUUCACAGCAUCAGUGAUAUGAAUCCACUGAAAGGAUUUUGCUGUAUUGAAUAAAAACAGAGGAAACGGCUAUUAUCUAACUAGUAAUAUAUUUGGUCAAUGCAUUAACCAAUUCUUAUUUUUUUAAGGGAAAUAUAAAUCAUCUGACAAACACAUGUUCUACCUUUGCAAUAGAAUCAAACUGUGUAUGGCUGUCACUCUUUUUACACUGAUUCAUACAUGUAUAUUCUACCAGACCAUGACAACUGGGCUAAAUGACAGUGGUUGCUUAAGCACAGUUUACAAUCUUUUGAAUUGAUGGGAAACUGUAAAAUGGAGACAAUUCUCUUUUGACAGAAUGACAAAGAUAAUGAGUCAGCAGUUUUACCAUUGUAAAAAAUAACAUUAAAAAAGUGGAUAGUAUUUUUAUAGGUAGGUUAACAGUGGACAGAUGCAUCUGUAAAUACAACAAUGAUGCUUCUUUUUUCAGCUGAAGUUUGGUUUAAUUUCUCCUUGCAUCAUUGCUUUUAAGUGAUACCUUUCUUUUUGUUUUCUUUGGGGAAUAUAUUUUUUUGUAUGUAUAUAAAUAUAUAUACAGUGUAAAUGUAAUUUGAAGAGUGAACUCUUAUUUUAAAAACGCUUGCAGGGUCUUGUGUCACCCACACCUCAUCAUUUUCCUUGUGAUUGUGUGAUUGUGUUUUCAACACAUCUUGAUGGAUUUUGUGUUUUGACCUCUGCUCUUGCUCACUUUGUAGGAGUGAAUUUUUAUCAUUCCUAUUUUUUAUUUUACUGAGUGUAUUAUUCCUUCACAACCCUCCACAAUUCUCUCAGUAUUAUCCACCUCUGGAGAUUUUUUUUUUUUUUUUAAGAUUUUGUACACACUUAAAAAUGAUGUUGCAAUACUGAUGAAUAUUCAAUAUUUCACCCACUUUCCUCUCAGUCUUUUCCUAAUCAAUGUUGUGAAUCCACCAGUGUCACUUUAUACCAUGAAUUUUAAGGACCUAUUGUAGAUUUCCUUGAGAAGUUUGAUUUCCAUUUGCACUGCACUCAGUCAUUGUUUACUUUCAGAUGAUAUUCAGCUCUUUAUCCAUUUGGGACAUUACUGGAUGAAUGGUGUAGCAAUAUUAUGUUACAGCCCCCGGAGUGGUUUUGUUGUGUCUGAGAGACAGAACUGAAGACAGUGUGCAUGGGCUGAACUGACCAUUAAAACUACUGACAUUUACUUGUACAGAGGUGACUAGAUUAUCUGUUUUGUUUUUUUGGCUUCAUUAAGCUAAAAUAUUUAGGGGGUUUUUCCAAACACAAUUUAACAAAGUAUACAGAUUAUUAAAAGACAUUUUGGGAUUGUAAAUCAUAUUUAUUGUGAGGACUGACACCCAAAUCAUCAAGCUGAUCUGUUUUCCUUUUAUGUUGCGGAUGCUUAUUAACUGAAGCUAAAUUAUUUGCUUCAUUUGCUGUCCAUAUCGGGGAGAUUACAAUUCUAGGAAAACGUAUGGAGGCACAAUUUUUGAAAUUGUUCCAUAGUUAUAUAGCAUAUUUAAGCAGUAGAAAACUCAAAACUUGUGAUGUUAAUGCAGGCAGUAGUAACAACUAAAGCUUUGUGCAGUUUUUGAUGAUACAGUUUACUGCAUUAUAAAGUUGUUAACAUGAGUAAGGAUUUAAACCAGUAAAUUUUGGGGGGGAUUUCUUACUUUUUAUAUUGCCCAUAGGCUACAAAAUACUAAAGGCCCGUUGCACGCUUACAACUGGAGAGUGUAUGGGCACUUUUACUGAUGAUUCUAGUGUCAGUCCUGUCUUUAAUGAUACCAAGCAUUUCCAUUUUGUUCAAGAGACCUUUUGGCAAGCUUCCCAAAAGUCCAUGUGUGUGUUUAAUACUACAUAACAGUUUGGAUGAAAGCAGCUUCUUCUUAAAAAGAUCUCAAAAAGGAUCUUUAAAUAUCAUCGCUUUGUAUCGACUCAUCUGAAUGAUUGAGAAAAUAAGUUUUAUAAACCAUACCUUGUCUAAUAUUACCAGUUUGAAAAGUUUCUCUUCACUUGUUGAUCGACACAUUUCCCAAGCUAGAACAUUUAAAUACGUAUUCCCUCUGUUUUGUUACAUGAACCUGUCAAAAGUAUAUUUUUAAUUCAAUAUGAAUAAAGAUCAGUCAAUAUUUAA